UUUUCAUGGCGAUGGCGCUGGCUAUGGUAACGGCGCUGCGUUUCUCUCCGGUCUAGCUGUGGCGGGCGGCGGCAUUGGAUGCCGGCACGUAGGGGCGUCUCUUGAGCUGCUGGCCUUUUUCUUGGAUUCCAGGAGCUUGCAGCUAGGGUUUCUAGGCGCCGGCCAUGAGCGGGCGCACUCGCAACAAGAAUUCCAAGGUGCCGAAGGGCGAUCGCGGCGCCGAAAUUCUCAGGAGAAUCCACCUCACGAAGAUUGUGACCGAGGAAGAUCUCCGGUGGUUCUUUCAUCUCGAUCGGCCAGCCUGCCAGGGAUGCCGCGGCAAUACCAAGGAUAAUCCGCUGUGCCUCUGUGGCCUAGUUCCCCCGGCAAACGGUACGAGAAAGCAUGGGCUCUGGCAGAAGCUAUCGGACAUCAUCGACGAGCUGGGUCCGGAUCCAUCGAGGGAGCUGAGGGUGAUGGACAUUCCAGCGGGGUUGACCAAUCUUGGAGCCACUUGCUACGUCAACAGCGUGCUCCAGUGUCUCUUCAUGAACACCACCUUCCGGAAUGGGGUCUUCUCCGCGGAGAUGGAGCUGGUGAGAAACGAUCCGGUGCUUCACCAGCUCGCUCGGCUCUUUGCGCAGCUCCAUUCGGGAACCAAGAGCUCGGUGGACUCGGCUGCGUUUGCGACCACGCUGGAGCUGGACAACGCCGUCCAGCAGGACGGGCAGGAGUUUCUGAAGCUUCUCCUCACGCUACUGGAGCGAGUUCUUGCGCAGUCGAGAGUUCCGGAGGCGCGAGACGUGGUGCAAAACCUCUUCCGCGGGACGUUUUCAUACGUUACGAAGUGCUCGAGCUGCGGUAAGGAGUCCGGCGCUUCGGAUCAGUUUGUUGAUUUCUACGAGUUAGAAGUGAACGUAAAAGGCUUCUCGAGUCUGGAAGAGUCGCUGGAUGAUUAUCUCAACGAGGAGAAGCUUUCGGGAGAGAAUCAGUACUUUUGCGAGUAUUGCAAAGCUAGAGUGGAUGCCACGCACAGCACAAAGCUCAGAUUACUACCUCCUGUCUUGAAUUUUCAGCUCAAAAGAUUUGUGUUCAAUCUCAAGACUUCGACGAAGAAGAAAGUCACGUCAAAAUUUAUGUUUCCAAAGGUCCUGGACAUGGAACGACGAGUAUCGCCUGUGACAUCCGAUGGCUCUCCCGGCGAGCCAGCGCACUACGAUCUUUUUGCGAUUUUAAUGCACAAGGGCAACAUGGCCAGCAGUGGACACUACGUAGUUCAUAUCAGGGACGAGAGAACGGGGCAGUGGUGGCAGUUCGACGACGAGGAGGUAACGAUGCUUGGCUCCAAUCCUCUGGGAGAGCCAACAUCUAAACUUGAUAAGGUAUCUCCUGAUAGGGACGACAAUUUACUGAUGUCUCCGGAUGCUUACAUGCUAAUGUUUUCCCGUCGAACGAGCACGCCGAGAGUUGCCGAAGAACCAGUCAGGAGUAUACCCGAGUUCUUGAAGGCAGAAGUCGAUGAGCAGAAUUACAGUCUUAUGAGUAGCUGCGAGGUUUACAAUCUCAUGAAGGAUGAGGAGGAACAGAGAAUUGUCGAAAGAAGGGCAGAAGUUCGAGAGGUUCUGGCUAAUGCACGACCGACAGCUCCAAAAGGCUUCUGGAUUUCCGCAGAGUGGCUCCGCAAUUGGACUGACAGCUUAAAACCACCAUCGGCCAUUGAUAAUAGCAUCUUAUUGUGUGAACACGAACGUGUUUCUCCCAAGAGUAUUCAACUGAUGAAAUGCAUAUCCGAUGCUGCUUGGCAGAGCUUGCAUUCAAAGUAUGGAGGCGAGCCAGUUCUAACCAUGGAAAGCUGUUGUUUCGAAUGUAUUUAUGCCGAUGCUGGUGCUGCUGCUACGGCAGAAAGCUUUCGAAGCGGAAGAGCGGCAAUGAAAUUAAUGGCUGAAAACGUUAUGGCUGGGAAGGGCCUUGAAGGUCACUUGUUUUACGUGUCCAAAUCCUGGCUCGUGCAAUGGAUGCGCAAGAAGGCUGCCCUGGACACACUAGGAGAUGGUGAUUUAAAUCCAACAAGUGCCAUAACCUGUCGUCACAAUGCAUUGCUUCCUGACGACGCUGCCGGUGCAAAACGGCAAGUCGUGCCUGAGGUUUUAUGGUCCUACUUUUACCAAAAUGCUGUUCUUGUUGGUGGAGAAGAACAACGUGGACACAAGCCGUUUCCUGUAAACACGGAGAAUUGCAAGAUUUGCGAAGCCGAGCACUCACACACUCUGUCCAGGCAGAACGACUUAAGAGCUACAAAGAUGGAACAACGUCAGAAACAGGAGGCAAUAUUUUCUGGACGGAAUCCCGUACUUAAUCCCGGAGAUGUUUAUUACCUCGUUCCCUCUAGUUGGAUUUCUCUCUGGCGUGCGUACAUCGGAGCCAGUGGGAAAAAUGUGCUAGAUAUCGAGGAGCCUGUGGGACUCGAAAGGUUUCUUUCGUCUCUUCUUUGCAAGCAUGGUGGACUUCUCUAUAAUCCCCCAGCCUUAACAAGGACCAGGCGGGGAGAACUCGUACAAAAAGCAUCUUCUGAUGACGUUCAAGUUGUGGUCUCUCGAGAUGAUUGGGUCUAUUUUUGUCAGCAGUGGGAUGCAAAUGCUGGCAAGGGCAUUCGAGCGUACGUUGAGGAAGCAGAAAUGCCUGAUCGUCCAGAAAAAGAAUUAAGUGAACUCAAACUGCCUGUUCUUAGAACAGAACCUGAGGUUUGCAGGGAGUGUAUAGACGACCGGGAGACUACUGAACUCGUGCACAAGCUUAACUAUACCAAUGCAACUAUCACCGUGGAUCUUGUCCAAGGGAAAGAGCCACCUCCUUCUCUUGUCUUUGCGGCGGCUAACCAGGACGCCGAGAGAAGAACGUCAAAGCGUGCGCGCAGGACUGUGGCCACCGGAAACAAGCAAGUGAAGCUCACAGUUUCUGGAACCACGACGGUCUACCAGUUGAAGAUGCUUAUUUGGGAGUGGCUCGGGGUUGUGAAAGAAAACCAGGAAGUUCAUUUUGGGAAAGUGGAGCUUACUGACGAAUCGACUACACUCGCAGACGUUGGUGUUCUGCCAAAUUCACAGUUGUGGGUUUCGGACAGCGGACUACACGAACAUCGAGAUAUUGCAGACGAGCUCUCGACUCCACAGCAGGGCCAUGUUGAAGAAGGUUUUAGGGGGACGCGGCUUUUAGAUUCUUGCUUGCCUGGUCCAGCAAAUGGAUUGCACAGCUCCGAGAAUCAGUUUUUGGAGCAGCCAGGGAUAUGCUAAAAGAGCAUAUAGUGUUCAUACAUGUAAGUAACAGUGGCUUACACCUUGUUCUUCCAGUUCUCAGGAACUAUGGAAUCCAUCUACUUUCGAGCU